UUGCAGUUCUUCAUAGUGCCAUUGAAGUGAGUCAUCUCUGAGCAGUGUGGUGAAAAGGAAAAGAAGGAGAGAGAGAGAAAAAGAAAAAACUUCGAAGUGUUCAGUGAGCGGCAGAUAGCGCAGAGAUAGAGAAGUAGGUAAGAGGAGGGAGAAUCCUCAGAGGUCAGGCAGGCUAUAUGCUUUAAAGCGAAGGUCCAUGUGAGUCACUGCUGUAACUCCAGGUUCACUUGGAUCUGACUGCUGAGGCUGACUUCAGGCGGAAGUUUGCGCACCUGAGAGGAUCUUUAGUGUAGCUUUACCUGCGGCUCAGGCGCAAUAAGACGAGGAAGAAGCCAUUAAUAAAACAGACAAUAUUUAUUCUGCGAAGCACUCUCUAUAAGAUGUUCUAGGUUUUAGUUUAUAUGAGCAUUGUUUCACUCUGGCUUUGCCAUCUCUUCACUGGAUUUCCUCCAAAAACAACGUCUCCAGUCAGAGGAUUUUUUUUUAUUUUUACUGUUGGUGCCUUUUUUUUUUAAUCUGCGAGGAUUUGAAGAAAGACAAAAAAAGUUCCACAGCUCAGAUCGUCUACUGAAACCUUCCUAUUUCCUGGAUCAUGUACCAGGACUACUCCGGGAACUACGACACCUCGUCCCGCGGCAGCAGCAGCACCUCUCCGGCCCAGCCAGAGUCCUUCACGAGCGGCAGCAGCACGAUCGGAAGUCCGAUCUCUACCUCAAACUACCAGAAGUACAGGGUUGACAUGCCCGGCUCCAACAGUGCCUUCAUACCCACCAUCAAUGCAAUCACAACCAGCCAGGACCUUCAGUGGAUGGUGCAGCCCACUGUCAUCACCUCCAUGUCCAACCCUUACUCCCGCUCCCACCCGUACGGCCAUCACCUGAGCAACGGGCCGGGGAUGCUGGGGCACAACACGCUGGCUCGGCCCGGGGUCAUCCGCUCCAUUGGGGACGCCAGAGGCCGUCGUAGGCGGGACGAACAGCUCACCCCGGAGGAAGAGGAAAAGAGGAGGGUGAGGCGUGAGAGGAAUAAGUUGGCCGCCGCCAAGUGCCGCAACCGGAGACGAGAGCUCACCGAGAUGCUGCAAGGGGAGACCGAGAAGUUGGAGGAUGAGAAGUCCGACCUGCAGAAAGAGAUUGAGAGCCUACAGAAGGAGAAGGACAAGCUGGAGUUCAUGCUGGUCGCCCACAAUCCAGUGUGUAAGCUGCCCAUUGACGAUCGCCAACAGUCGGCAAUGCACCAUCAGCAGCACCAGCACCAGCAGCAGUGCGCCCCACUCCCCCUGACCAUGCGCCCCAGCAUGCCGCCCCGCUCUCAGAUGAACCCGGUGGUGGUGAAGCAGGAGCCCGAUGAUGAUGUGGGAGACUUGGGCAAGCUUCAGCGCUCCGUCAUCAAGCCUAUCUGCCUGGGUGGCGGGGGGAUGUACUGCACAGAUGGAGACAGCUUGAACACGCCGGUGGUGGCGGCGUCCACCCCGGCUGCCACGCCCAACGCCCCGAGCCUCAUAUUCACCUAUCCGAGCAUGCUGGAGCCCGAGAGCCCGUCGCCCUCCUCCGAGUCCUGCUCCAAGGCCCACCGGCGCAGCAGCAGCAGCGGCGACCAGUCCUCAGACUCCCUCAACUCGCCCACCCUGCUGGCGCUCUGAGCGUGGCCAUCAGCUCGGCGCAGCUGAGAAACAAACACUGUGGCUGAGGGCGAGCAUGAACACCGACUGCACGCCCCCUCCCCUCUCUCCAGUGUCUUUCAAUAAAGACCCAAGAGCACAUUGAAAAGUCCAGACCAAGCUGACCAUGUGAGCCGUUUCCCCUCCGCAGGGAGACCCACAAGGGCUACGCCACGUGUUUCCUCUUGUUCUGCUUCACUGUAAAAAAAAUAUUUCUAUUUGUAAAAGUGCGUGCACCAAACCUAAAGAGAGUCAUCCCUUUGCCAUUUCAACUCGAGUGUCAAUUUGUUUACUGGGCAGACAAUCCUGAAGAGAGACUCGCCUCCAUGUGGCAACUGUAAGUUGAUGUGACUUAAACUAGAGAUCGUGUUCUUAACUAAUAUAUAUUUUUUGAACCUGUUGAAAAAGCCAUGUGGACACUUGCACUCUGCCAAGACGAAUCAAUAAAUCACUUCUACGAGGUCAGCGUCUUACUGGCACUUGUUAGGAGUGAAAGAGACAAAGAGCAAAGACGUCUUUUAGUUUCUCUUCUCUGGACUUCGCUUCAGGAAUCGCUGCAGAGUGUUUGCAAAUUUCCGGCGUGAUCUCCGUCUCUUUAAUUGUAUUUAUGGACUGUGCCGAUUCCGUUUUGCAAAGUGUUUGUUGAGAUUCUGCCCCUCUCCUUAAUCUGCCUGUAGAAAAAGCAGAGUCGUCAUCCGCAGGGUGACUGGAGCGCUCCUCAGUGUUGCAAGCGUAUGAGCCAACUCUCAAUCAGUGACUAGAUCCUCAAUACUCUAUACCUUCUAUUUUUGCCAUAGUGGCUUGACUUUAUAGUAGUAUUGUUGUGCUUUUCCUCAGUGGUUCUGUACCUUAACUUUACAACCUGUUUAUGACAAAGUGUAUGUGAUUUACAUUAAUGUCAGGGAUCAUAUCUCUGGUGUAGUAGAACCCCGUCGCGAGCCGUUGGAGAGUUGGUACUUUAUGUGCAGGGGGCGACAAACUUCAUCGCUUCAUUGUGUCACAACAUAUCCAAACAGAACCCUCCUCCUCCUCCUCAAGAUUCUGUUGUAGGUCUCCUAUAGGCUCUAAAUAAAGGUCUUUCUUCUCUCAAUGCUGCCUCUCUGCAGCAGGUCAGGUUUCAAAAAGCCAAAAAAGGUUGGUGAUUCGUCCGUCUUUGACUAAAAGAAGGAGUUUUUGCUAAAAAUUUGAAAAAAUUGAAAAAGCCACUGUGGUCUCGACUGUCGCCAGCUGCCAAUGAUGUCAACCCUGUUUAUACUGUGUUUGUAAAUCUGUCACUUUUAGUAAAGAAAAGAUGUUUGAAUUCAACUCAGAUGUGCUAAUCUAUGGGUGUGUAUGAAUAUAGGCCAACACGGAUGUACUCGUGAGUUGGCGUCGAGCGAGGGCCGGACACGGUUCACUUUGUUGAGGAAUAAAUAAGAAGAAAUCUCUCCCCAGCUGGCCUGACAUGAAAGAGGAGACGCCUUGACAAGACGUAAUAUUUCUGAAGUUCUACGAAGCACUUCUUUUCUUUUUUUUUACAUGUGUGUAUCUUAAAGGGAUGAGGGAUUUAAAAUACCGUGCACUGAGAAGGACACAAGAGCGAUAUUUGGGAUUUUUUGUAUGUUUACUUCAAGCAUUCCUAACAAAUAUAACAUGUCAGGGGUGAAAGUGGGGGUGUCAUCUUUGUUCUAAACUUUUCUGUUAUCAAAGGAGGAGGAGUUUUGGUUUAUUGCGCUGGAUGCAGAAAAACAGACUUUGGAAAUUCGAUAUACGAGCUGCUGCUACUUGUUUGGAGAAAACCAUGUCGGCUAUUUAUAUUUCACUGAUGUUGGGUUUAACAUCACCGGCUGUGAUAUGGUGUGAUGCAGCAGGAAGCCUGGGAUCCUGUGGAGGUGAAACGAAAACCAAAAACACUUAACUGUGGGCGAGUCAGUUGCGUCUCUUUGUUGAAACCCUCUGAAGCCCCUCGACACACAUAGGAAAGCCAUUGACUGUAGAGCUUCUACUGUACAUGUCAUCUACUGUCUGUCGUCUGUUUUCUGCUACUAUUACUUCUUUUCCAAAUGCUUUAACUGUUGAAAAUGAUUCAAAAUUAAUAAAAAACCGCAAUAUGUAUAGCAGUGUUUGUUAAUUUAAAUGAACAAUAAUAAUAAUAAUAAUAAAAUGAUUUUCAACUUGGAA